AUGGAUGACAUGAGUCUUGAGGAUGUUGCACGACAAUUGUCCGAUAUCGAGGUGGCUGUCCUUCUAUGUCUCGCCGCCCAUGAACAUUGUUUGAUUGAGACCACGGGCGACUCGAUUGAUGACCUUGGCAGAGAACUAGCACUUAUCUGCUCCAACACAUUUGAUUUGUCAUUUUCUAUUCUCGAAUGUGGGCCCGAGACUUCCAUCGAAGAAAUUCACAAUGAUAUCCUUACUACGGAUGCCCGCAAGACCCUGGCCCGCCCGUCAUAUUCUCGGGCAAAAACCGGAUCUUCCAGCAAUCUUUCCUAUGUUGGCGGACAUCGGGACCGCAGCAAGUCCCCGAUCCCGAGUAUGAUAGCUGAUGAGCCAAAUGUGGUGAACAUUAUCAUCGCCAAAAACUUCAAUUUGACUAGCGAAGAUUUUCAGGUUCAAUCGUUACAGUUAAUGCGGACCCGGCAGUUGGUGACAGAAAUCGGAAUCCUCAAUGCGCCUACAGAUUUCUUGUUUGUACCCCUCGUGGCGCGGGACUCUGCUGAACUACAUCCACCGCUAAAGACCCAUCUGCGUGAUCAGUUGUUCAUCUCACAUUACCACGAGCCUGAAGAUGGGUUUAUUUACCUUGAGGAGAAUGAUUGGCUUUCUGACGGCCAACUGUCUGCGUCCUCUGUGAUCCACACCCCAAAAUACCCCCAGAAAAUGAGUGCAAAGGUCAGCAACAUGGUCAUACAAAAGCUCCGCGAAGCCAGCAAGUCAACAACUAUGAAUGCUGAAGUGGUUCGGUAUAUCCAAGAUAUUGUUGUUUUCUUGCGUCUCAGUCGCGCAGUUGCUGGUGGAAUAUCUGCAAGGGCAAACAAUCAAUUCGCUCAACUCGCACAAUUCCUGACGCCGUUACAUGGAAUCGAUUAUCUCACACCUUCAAUCGUGGAAUUGGCUGCUAGAAAGGUAUUUCGCCAUCGUAUUAUUGUUGCCUCUCCCGGUGAUGAUCGAAGCCUCCAAUAUGGAAGUGAUCUAGUCACAGUCUCCCGUGUACUAGCUGAAGUGACACCGGACUCAGUUUUGGAUGGUGUACUCGAGUUGGAGCCACCGAUAUAA